UUGAAACAGUGAGUACUUCAUUAUAUUACAUUAUUUGAAAUUGGCGGGCAUUCGCUGGAACCGCGGGUGGCUCCCCCUGAGCCACGGCUCGCACUUAACGAGAGAGAAAGCAUCAUCUCACAGGACAAAUUAUUUACAUUUCGUUUCUCGUCUCUACUUGUCUCUGAAGAUAACCUUAAAAACCUAUUCUUUGCAAACAAACAUUUUCAAAGACCACAAAUUAUCCAGCUAGAAUGAACACAGAAAUCCAGACAUUGGAUCAAAAACCGGUAUUCAAGUCCACCUCCUGGUUCCUGUCCAGACAGACUAGCAAAAAACGCACCUGGAAGGGGCUCAAGCAGAUAGUGUCGUCCGAGAAGUCCCUGCCCUGGGGCGAAAACGUGGUGCAUUACAGCAGCAUUAAUGCUCCCCCUUCGUUUUUGCCGCCUGAGAAGUUUUCCGAUCUUUCCGGCCUGUCGGCGCCCUACACUGACCCCCAAACUCGACUCCGGUUUGCCAACAAGGAGGAAUACACCACUAUGAUUGACUUGCCCAUGGACAUUACUGCGGGGUACCUGGCGCUCAGAGGAGCGACUAGCAUUGUUGGCUAGACUCAAUAGAACAAGAAUUUUUAAUAGCUAUAUAAAGCGACUUUUGCAA